UUUGGACAACAGCAGUACAAAAUGGCACUCAACAAGCUCGGCAUUCGCGACCUCGAUCUCGCUGGCAAGCGCGUUCUGAUCCGCGUCGACUUUAACGUCCCGCUCGACAAGAAGCAGAACAUUACCAACAACCAACGCAUUGUCGCUGCGCUGCCCACGAUCAAGUACGCCCUCGAGAACAACGCCAAGGCCGUCGUCCUCAUGAGCCACCUCGGUCGCCCCGACGGCCGCCGUCUCGAGGACCAGUCGCUCGCCCCGGUCGCCAAGGAGCUCGAGAAGCUCUUGAGCAAGCCUGUUCAGUUCCUCAACGACUGCGUCGGCGAGGAGGUCGAGAAGGCGUGCGCCAAUCCUGCUCAAGGCUCGAUCAUCCUGCUCGAGAACUUGCGCUUCCACCUCGAGGAGGAAGGCAAGGGCCUCGACAAGGACGGCAACAAGGCCUCCGCCACCAAGGACCAGAUUGCUGCCUUCCGUGCCAGCCUCACCAAGCUCGGCGACGUCUACAUCAACGACGCGUUCGGCACCGCCCAUCGCGCACACAGCUCGAUGGUUGGCGUCAACCACUCGCAGCGUGCUGCCGGCUUCCUCAUGAAGAAGGAGCUCGACUACUUUGCCAAGGCUCUCGACCACCCCGAGCGUCCCUUCCUUGCCAUUCUUGGAGGCGCCAAGGUUUCCGACAAGAUUCAGCUCAUCAACAACCUCCUCGACAAGGUCGAUGAGAUGAUCAUUGGUGGCGGCAUGGUCUUUACUUUCAAGAAGGUCUUGAACAACAUGGAGAUCGGCAAGUCGCUUUUCGAUCAGGAGGGCUCCAAGAUUGUCCAGGACAUUAUCUACAAGGCCAAGGAGAAGAACGUCAAGCUGCACUUCCCCGUUGACUAUAUCACUGCCAGCAAGUUUGGCGCCGACGCCGAGACUGGUGUUGCUACCGACGCCUCCGGUGUCCCCGCUGAUUGGCUCGCGCUUGACUGCGGCCCAGAAUCUGCCAAGAUCUUCGCCGAGGCCGUUGGCCGCGCCAAGACUGUUCUCUGGAACGGCCCCAUGGGUGUGUUUGAGUUUGAAAAGUUUGAAAAGUGCACCAAGGCCGUCAUGGACGCUGUUGUCGCCUCCACGGCCAAGGGCACGAUCACCAUCAUCGGUGGCGGUGACACGGCCACUGCCGCUGCCAAGUACAACGCCGAGGAGCAGGUCAGCCACGUGAGCACUGGUGGCGGUGCGUCGCUCGAGCUGCUUGAAGGCAAGGAGUUGCCAGGUGUUACCGCUCUUUCUGCCAAGCUUUAAGGUUGUGGGGGGUUGUUGUUUGCGGGUGCGUUUUGUUGCUCUCCCAACGCUUUUGACAGCACGUGUAUCAAUCGCACAUUAUCAUGGUCUUUUCGUCAGUCUGCAGCAGUUCAUUGUAGAUCAUGAAUGCAUGCCAAAUUUCCAAAGGA